AUGUAUACUAUUGAACUUUUUAUGGACAACGGCCUGUUGAUCCUGUUUCGAUGCCAUCAAAUCAGUUACCUGAAGACUAUUCAAACUAGUCAUUCCGUUUAUCUGUGCAUUGUCAUCGGUAUGUCAAUGGCAUCUUUCACAGUCUCAUUGGUAAAGGUUGCGUCACAGUCGGAAAUUUCUGGAAUGCUCAUCAAGGACUGUGUUUUUCUUUUGUCCCAAUUGAUACAUAUACUUCUUUUAACUGUGCAAGGACAAUUCGUGCUGAACUCGAACGAUGAAAUUAUCGGAUCGAUAUACGACGCAUCGUGGUAUAAUGCUAAUAAAAGAACGCAAUUAUUGUUCGUGUUAUCCAUCAGAAGCUGCUUGAGUCCUCCAAUUCUGUCAGCUGGUGGACUUUUAGACCUGAAUUUGAAAAAUUUUGCAGAGAUUAUAAAAGCAUCUGUUUCAUAUUUUACCGUAUUGAAAACUACUUAA